AAGACAAAAUUUGCGAGAAAGUGCGAGAAAAUGAUGGGUCUGAGUUGCCCUUCAGCUUCGUCUCCUUCUUCUCCUGACUGUUCUUCAUCUUCUCCAAGGUACAAAAGAUUUUGCAUUUUGUCUCUUUCUGAUAUGACUGGUUUCUUUGUAUCAAUUGAAAAGAGAUUACUAACUCAUAAGGAUUCUCACCGCAACACAAUGCCAAAGUCUUCAGAAGAUUUGAGGAAGGAAAUUGCUUCACUCGAGUUUGAAAUUCUGCGUACGGAACAGUAUCUGCUCUCUCUUUACAGGACGGCUUUUGAUGAACAAGUACAUUCUUUCUCUCCUCACACUGAAACAAGCUUAGUGUCGAAUCACUUUUGUCCCAAAUCCGAGCAGUCAGACCUUACCGGUGUCCUCAGCUACCAUUACCAAGCUUCUCCGGUGUCUGAACGUUCCUCUUCGUGUCCACGGAGUUUCCAAGCCAGCUUAAAAGCUUUGUCUGCAAGAGAGAAGACUAGAUAUGUUUCUGCUAAUCACAUUACUCUUGGAGAUCUUCUUGGUUCUUCUCAUACCGUAGAUGACAUUGUGAAACCGAGUAGGCUCUCUGAAGAUAUCUUAAGAUGCAUAUCUUCUGUGUAUUGUACACUCUCCAGCAAAGCAAGAAUCAAUUCUUGUCUUGUGGCUUCUCCUUCACCUUCAUCUGUCUCUUCCAAAACCACUUUUGAUAGCUGGAACCCGUGCCUUGAGGCAAGCAAAGAAGCAAAUGUUCCACGUGGUGUUGUAAUAGAGACUCUGAAACUUCACCUGGAUGAUGGUAGUUUCAACCAAGCCGCUCUUUUGCUCCAAAACUUCAGAUCACUAGUUCAAAAGCUUGAGAAGGUUGAUCCAAGUAGAAUGAAACGCGAAGAGAAGCUUGCGUUUUGGAUUAACAUUCACAACGCCCUCACAAUGCAUGCCUAUUUAGCCUAUGGAACUCACAACCGCGCAAGAAACACCUCGGUUUUAAAGGCAGCUUAUGAUGUUGGAGGCUAUCGCGUAAACCCUCACAUUAUCCAAAGCUCAAUCUUAGGCAUUCGUCCCCAUUUCUCACCACCCAUGCUGCAGACACUAUUUUCGCCAUCAAGAAAGUCGAAAACUUGUAAUGUCAAACACACUUAUGCCUUGGACUAUCCUGAGGCGUUGGCUCAUUUCGCUCUUUCUUCAGGAGCUUCUACAGAUCCUCCGGUACGGGUUUACACAGCGGACUGCGUUUUCCGGGAGCUAAGACAAGCCAAAGACGAGUUUAUAAGAAACAACGUUCGUAUCCACAACGAGACAAAGAUAGUGUUGCCUAAGAUCGUUCAUUACUAUGCUAAAGAUAUGUCAUUGGAUGCAUCUGAGCUGAUGGAAACAACAGUCAAGUCUUUACCAGUUUCUGCCAAGAAAACUAUUCAGAGAUUGCUGAAGGAGAAGAAAAUGAAGAGCAAAAACAUUGAAUUCUCACCGGAAAACUCGAGUUUCCGGUAUGUAAUCAUUGAGGAAUCAUCAAGACAGACAUGA